AUGGCCCACACGGAGCGCACCUUCAUCGCCAUCAAGGCGGACGGCGUGCAGCGCGGCCUGGUGGGAGACAUCAUCAAGCGCUUGGAGCAGAAGGGGUUCCGCCUCGUGGCCAUGAAGUUCCUUCGGGCCUCUGAGCAGCUCCUGAAGGAGCACUACAUCGACCUGAAAGACCGUCCAUUCUACCCUGGGCUGGUGAAGUACAUGAACUCGGGGCCUGUGGUAGCCAUGGUCUGGGAGGGGCUGAAUGUGGUGAAGACAGGGAGACUGAUGCUUGGGGAGACCAAUCCAGCGGAGUCUAAGCCAGGCACCAUUCGUGGAGACUUCUGCGUUCAAGUUGGCAGGAACAUCAUUCACGGCAGUGAUUCAGUACAAAGUGCUGAGAAAGAAAUCAGCCUAUGGUUUAAGCCUGAAGAAUUGGUUGACUACAAGUCUUGUGCUUUUGACUGGAUCUACGAAUAGAGGUGGGAAAAGCAUCAGUCCCCUUUGGCUCCACUUGGAUGUGUCCCUGGACACAGCUCUUCAUUCCACUAACUUGGAAGCAAAAGG